CAAACCGCAGUCUUGCUUCUCUCGUGUAUGGGUUGUUGUUGGAGUGGUGAAAAUCCAAACAACAGCACACAAGACAGGAGGACAAGAAGCAACGACCCCGGAUUGCACACUCACACACACACAUCAACAUCAACAGAGGACACAACAUGAGUGCCGCCCCCCACUCGCGACUGCAGCUGCACAUCUCGUGCUCCCACUUGAAGCGCGCAGAUGCCUUGUCCAAGUCGGACCCCUUUGUGGUCGUUCUCCUGGCAUCACCCAGCGGCUACGUCGAGAUUGGUCGGACGGAGGUGAUCAAGAACGAUUCAAACCCAAAGUUCGCUGACGAAGUCGACAUCGACUACUACUUUGAAUCUGUGCAGGAUCUCCGCUUCUGCGUGUACGUGACACUCCCGCUCAUGAGCACUCUGCGAGUGCUGAAGAAUACGCGGGGCGGCAAAACCUCUGGCUCGAUCACAGUGAAUGCGGAGGAGGAUCGCCAGGCCAAGGGCGAUGUCUCGUUCAAGGCGCACGGUGUUGGCCUCGACAAGAAAGACUUCUUCGGCAAAUCUGACCCUUUCAUCACCAUCUCCCGCCAGUCGGCGACAGGAUGGGUCCGCGUUCAUACAACAGAGGUUGUGAAGAAGACGCUUGAUCCGACCUGGCGACCCUUCACCAUCACUGUCGGCGAACUCUGCAAUGGCGACUACACGCGUCCCCUCAAGUUUGACGUGUUUGAUUGGGACUCCGAUGGCGGGCACGAUCUGAUUGGAUCUGCAGAGUCGACGCUCAAUGACCUCAUCGCCACCAAGGGCAGCACCCUCGAGCUCAUCAACGCGAAGAAAGCAGCGAAGAAGAAGAAGUACACCAACUCCGGCACUCUCGUCUUCGACAGUGUUGAGAUCGUCCCCACCUUCUCGUUCAUCGACUACCUCCGUGCGGGCUUCAAGAUGAACUUCACGGUUGCUGUGGACAUGACAGCGUCCAACGGGCGACCCGACCUGCCCUCGUCGCUGCAUUACAUGAACCCAAGCCGCCCCAACGCGUACAUGCAGGCAAUCCAAUCUGUCGGCACCAUCAUCAGCGACUACGACGCCGACAAGUACUUUCCUGCGUUUGCGUUUGGCUGUCGCUACCGCGGGCAGGUCUCCAUGGAGCACCCGCUGACGGGCGAUCCAGCAAACCCGUACUGCCAGGGCGUGCAAGGUCUUCUUGCCAUGUACCAGGCCACGCUCCAGAACGUUGAGCUGUAUGGCCCAACAAACAUGGCGCCCAUCAUCAACCACGUCGCUCGGUUUGCGGUCAACCCUGAGGACAAGUCUUACUACGUGCUGCUGAUCAUCACGGACGGUGUCAUCUCAGAUAUGGAUGCGACAACCAAAGCCAUUGUUGAUGCUUCGCACCUGCCCAUGUCCAUCAUCAUCGUUGGGGUUGGAAAUGCAGACUUCUCCGCCAUGAGUUUCCUGGAUGCAGAUGUUCAGCCGCUCUCCUACGGCGGCAGAGACGCCGUGCGCGACAUUGUGCAGUUCGUCCCAUUCAACCAAUACAGCACCCGCCCCGACUCGCAAGCAGCACUUGCCAGCGCCGUGCUUGCAGAGGUUCCAGGACAGUUUGAGUCCUUUAUGCGCGCCAAGGGCAUCACUCCUGCCUAGAUCAAUGGAGAAGGAUGCGUGCGGUGUGUUGUUGUUUCAUUACGUGCGUUCCGUGCGUUGAUUGCGUCACAAUAUGGUCUCGCUUUCGUUGCUUCCUUGCUUGCCGCCGCAUGUGUUUGUUUGUGUGUGUGUUUGUGUGUGUGUGUGUGUUUGUGUGUGUUUGUGUGUGCAUGUGUGUGUGUGUGUGCGUGCGUGCGUGUCUGUGUGUGUAUGGAGCCUUCCAACAAGCAAGCCAACUUCAAUGCAAGUCAACUCAGC